AUGUCUUCCGAAGCCGUGAACUUGGGCGCAGAUCUGCGCAGGGAAGAGGUCCGUCGAGGUGGCGAUCGUUACAUUCGUGAAGUCGAGGCCCCAGAGGGGCAUACUCUUCGGGCCACUGACGACAUGUGCGAGGCGUUUCGGCGCCAUUUCGAGAGCCGGUUUACCAAGGAGCCUGGUCUCCGUGAGGAGGAGUUUCGCAGCUAUUUGGCUGACUUUCCUCGGCUUUCGCCGAUUGAAGCGGCUAGCUGCGAGGGAGAGAUCACGGAGGACGAAGUCUACGUGGUUUUGAAGAAGGUCGGCAGAGGCAAGUCGCCCGGUCUGGAUGGUUUGCCCUAUGAAUUGUACUUGAGGCUGUCGCACAUCUUUGUUCCGAUUUUGACAGCAGUGUUCAACAACUGGUUUCGGUCAGGGGUCCAUCCCCAAUCGGAUCACCAGGGGCGUGAUCACUCUGUUGAAAAAGGGCAAAGGUGGUGGGGAAGCUAG